AUGGCUGCUCCUCCUGAUACGGAGAAUUUAGAGUGUCGCAUCAACAGAGCAACCAACCCACUGAAUAGGGAGACUGACUGGAGCAGCAUAAAUGCGUUCUGUGAACAGCUCAACAAUGAUUCGGAGGGACCUCAGCUGGCUACCAGGCUGCUGGCCCACAAAAUCCAAUCUCCGCAGGAGUGGGAGGCCAUGCAGGCUCUUGUGGUUCUGGAAUCAUGUAUGAAAAACUGCGGGAAGAAGUUUCACAGUGAAGUGGGCAAGUUUCGCUUUCUUAACGAGCUUAUCAAAGUCGUUUCGCCAAAGUACCUGGGUUCACGCUCUUCAGAGCCAGUCAAGAAGAAGGUCUUGGAAUUAAUCUACAGCUGGACGUUAGGGUUGCCUGAUGAGGCCAAAAUCUUAGAAGCUUAUCAGAUGUUAAAGAAACAAGGUAUUAUCAAACAAGACCCUGAACUACCCCCUGAUAAGCUACCUCAUGUUCCUCCACCUAGGCCUAAAAAUGCCAUUUUUGAAGAUGAAGAAAAGUCCAAAAUGUUGUCUCGCCUGCUGAACAGCUCGCAUCCUGAUGAUUUGAAGGCUGCAAACAAACUCAUCAAGGAAAUGGUCCAAGAGGACCAGAGGCGAGCAGAGAAGGUGUCCAAGCGUGAAGGCGCCAUUCAGGAGGUGAAGGAAAGCAUCAGUCUACUGACUCAGCUCCUGCAGGACUACGACGCCAACACUAUAAAUCAAAGCAACUCUGAGCUCCUACAGGACCUUUACCAACGCUGUGAAAAAAUGAGGCCUACAUUGUUCAGAUUGGCCAGCGAUACGGAGGAUAAUGACGAGGCUUUGGCGGAGAUCCUGCAGGCCAAUGACAGCCUAACCCACGUCAUCAAUUUGUACAAACAGCAGGUGAAAGGAGAGACUGUGAACAGCAACAACACGUUAAACACACAAAAACAGACAGGAGUUGGGUCGGCACUGCUGGAUUUGUCCGGGUUGGACACGUCACCCCAGUCGCCCCCCUCCUUUCCGGAACUUCCUACUCCAACUGACAGUCUCAACGCAACUUCGCAGGAAACUGGCGUCUCUCUGCUCGACGAUGAGCUCAUGUCUCUCGGUUUAAGUGAAGGAACAUACACGUCGAACCCUCACUCCCAGCCUGAAGAUUCCACAGCCUGGGACUCUUUCCAGUCGUCCGACAGCAUCGACGCAGACAUCCCGGCACCUCCUAGUCUCCUCCUGAGUCCGGACCCUCCUUCUUAUUCGCACCCCGUCUCUCCGGCGUCUGCUCCCAAAGGCUCGGUCCUGGAUGAACUUGACUUGUUGGGCAAGACGCUGCUGCAGCAGUCCCUCCCUCCUGAGGGAUUGCAAGUCAAAUGGGACAAACAGCAGGUCAAACCGACACUAAGAGAUCUACAGAACAAGUCUGCCUCUAACAUCACCCCGAGCCCAAUUCCGGUCUUUAACUCGGACCGAACAACGCGGCCCCUUACCUCAGGGGCCACCACCCGAGACAAAGAGAAUACAGACAUGUCCCUGGCGGAUGUUUUUGUACCGCUGGAAUCCAUUAAACCUAGUAGUCUGUUACCUGUGACUGUCUUCGAUGGCCACAGUUUGCGGGUUUUGAUCCACUUUGCCCGUGAUUCGCCCCCAUCUCGCCCCGACGUGCAGGUGGUGAUUAUCUCCAUGUUGUCAUCUGCUCCCGUGCCAGUCACGAACAUAAACUUGCACAUUUCUGCUCACAAGCCAAUAGCUGUAAAAUUGCAGCCUCCGUCUGGAACAGAUCUCCCGGCGUUCAAUCCCAUCCUUCCUACCGCUGCCGUCACUCAGAUCAUGUUACUAGCAAACCCGAACAAGGAUCGAGUUCAGCUGCAGUACAACUUGCGCUUCACGUUGGGCGAGCAGGACCACAGCGAGAGCGGCAAUCUCGAAAACUGGCCCGCUCCGGACACGUGGACGAAUCUAUAG